AUGGAUAUAGAACGGCGGUGGCUCGACUUGAUGAUACGGGCCGAGUUAUUCGACUUGGAAGGCAGGGAGAGCUGUGGUAUCCUCGUGCCUGUCAACUGCGGCAAUGGAGUGUGUUGCCCACCAGCUAGCACAUGCGUCGCCGCUGGCAGCGGGAGUACCAGGCCUUACGCUGAGCGCUCCGGCUGCGGCUGCAACAUCGACGACUACGCCGCUCCCUCCGACGACAGCACCACCACCAGAGACAUCUACUUCAACGGUGGCUUCCACUCCACCGGUGGUGCCGGCGCCAACGAUUUCAACAGUUCCGACGAGUCUGGCCACCUCUGCAUCAGUUGCUCUUCCAUCCUUGGAGUCGACGUUCUCUACCUCAUUGAUGUUCCCGUCUUCGUCGGCUGGGUCGACGAAUGCUCCACUGGAGCUGGUGUCAGCAUCACACCUAUCACGAAUGGGGCUACGAAUGGCAGUUCCCGGAAAGGAAACGAACUGAGCACAGCAGAUUUCGUCGGGAUCGCCAUAGGAGCAGGGACUGCCCUCGUCUUGCUCAUCGUAUUGGCAGCAGCCGCUGUGAUCGUGUGGCGGCGGAAGUCCUCGAGAAAGCGGCCGAGGGAGUCGGAUCUGCAGCUGAUCACCAGACAUAUCUCCCCACCGCGUCACAGCUUUCAUGCUCAUUCAGAGCCCGGCGAUGCCGAAUCCGAUAUCAGGGCGAAAGACGAGCCUUGGGCAAUGUCCGGUGCUCAGCCGAUGACGGAAGAGGUUACUGAAACCAAUCGCGGCGUCAGCUGGUUCCAGUUGCCGAUGCCAGCCCCGGCGCGCAGCAGCCUCUCGUCGACGUUCUCGGGGCCCGGCCCGGCGACAUCCCUCCACAGCCACCCGCUGGCCCGGAGGUCAACGGCCCCUAGCAUACCUCAGCGCAACGACAGGAGGAGUUCCCGUGGUGUGCCGCGUGUUGUCAGGAAAUCAUCUUCGAGAUCGCCCCCGCGUGAUGCCAGCCCUUCGAGCGGCUCUAUCAAUCGGCAGGCUAGGGUUUCCGAUUCAGCGAGCCUGGGGAGCCUGUCCAGCGAGGCGGAGAGACAUCUAGCGGUGGAUCGCGGAAGAAGUCUAGGGGCGCAAGGCGGUGGUGAACUGUAUAUUUCACGACGGGGUUCUGGAAGCUCGAGCGGAGAGGAACAGAGGCAGCCUGUGAGUCUGUUGCCCGUCUUCCAGCAGCCAGUGUACUUUCAGUUGCCCGGGAGUUCAGGCACCAUUGUCGAGUUGAUAUAA